CACCAUGACAGAACUAGACGUGCCGGGUACAACGCGGAUCCUCGACGAGUCGGGCGAGGUCGUCGCCGCCAACAACUUUACGCUCGUGCCAGAGCCCAGCGCCGACCCCAAUGACCCGCUCAACUGGUCCCCGGGACGCAAGCGUAUCCAACUUGCGUGUAUUGUUCUCUACACCAUCUCGUUCUGCUUCGCUACCGGAUGCCUGGCAGCCAUCUACGUGCCCGUCAGCGAGGAGACGGGUCUCACGCUCGCUGACCUCAACUCGGGUGUCGGAUACGUCUAUCUCUGCCUGGGUAUUUUCCAACUCUUCACACAGGCCCUCGCACUGAGCAUCGGCAAGCGCCCCGUCUACAUUCUCUCUAUCAUCGGCUGUGCCGUCUACCCCUUCUGGGUGACGCGCGUCUCAUCUCUCGGGGAAUGGUACGGCGCGUGCGUCUACCUCGGCUUCGUCGGCAGUCCACUCUUCGUCCUCCCUGAGCUCUCCCUCACCGACACCUUCUUUUACCACGAGCGCGGCCUCCCGCUCGGCAUCUACGUCGCCGCGACGUACGGCGGUGCGCUCGGCUCCCCCAUCCUCUCCGGCUUCAUCUACACCGGGCUGGGAUGGAAGGCGCCGCCCUACUUCGGUGGAGGCGCCAUGCUGCUCGUCGCGAUUGUCCUCUUCGUGUUCCUCGAGGAGACCAACUUCCGCCGUGUUGCCGCCCCAGUUGUGGUCACCGAGGCGCAAGUCGUCAACCAAGUCGGCGACGAUAAGAACGUGACGCGUGCGAGCGUCGCGCCCGUCGAUGACGAGGACAAAGACAAGGGCAUCACGCACGCGGUCGAGAGCUCCGAAACCAACGUCGUGCACUCGUUCGACCGCCUCGUCACGCCCUGGCCUGGGCCGCGCCCCUGGAAGAUGUUCACAAUGUCUCCCAACGCCGGCGGUCUCAUGUGGCGCGGCAUCGUGUAUCCGCUCGCCCUCCUCCGCCUCCCAAUCAUCUUGUGGUGCGGCGCCAUCUUCGCCCUCUACCAGGUCUUCUACAACGGCAUGGUCGCGCUCACCUCGGGCGUCCUCAGCGUCGAGCCCUACAACAUGGCGCCGAACAUGGUCGGGCUCACCUUCGUGUCGCCGCUCAUCGCCAUCAUCCCCGGCGCGGUCGCCGGCGGAUACGUCGUGGACAAGUUCACGAUCUGGGAGGCGCGCAAAAAUCACGGCAUCUCAGAGCCCGAGCACAAGCUCAAGCUCAUGCUGCUCCCCACGAUCCUCGCCCCCUUCGGCCUCCUCAUGAUGGGCCUUGGACCGUACUACGGCGCACACUGGAUCGUGUUCGUCCUCGGCGAGUUUGUCCUCACCAUCUCGGGCCCGCUCGCAACGCUGCUCAGCAUCACGUACGCGUUCGACAGCUUCCACUCUCUCGAGCCCGACGAGCACAAUCGCCACGGCCCGCAGGCCGAGACACAGCACUGCGGCCCGUACGUCCAGGCCGUCAUUGUUAUGGCCCUCACCAUCACGUUCGCGUUCAAUUAUGUCAUCACGCCCUGGGCGUUCGAGGCAGGCUUCCUCGUGUACGGCACCACUGCCGCAGCGAUGGCUACCGUCAUCAACAUCACGUACCUCCUCAUGCUCAAGUAUGGCAAGAGGCUGCGCAAGAGCGGUGCGCCAUACUACCGCAAGGUCAUUAACUGGUAAUAGUGAGUUGUAAGGUUGUUAGGAUUUUGUGGGGAUGGUGAGGAGGAUGUUGUCGUAUUAGUCCAGCCGUAGUGGAAUGCAAGUGAUAUCGG